CUGAGAGGAGUCACAGCAGUCAGUCAGUCAGUCGAAGGUGAGAGAGCAGAGCAGAGAGGUUCACACGUGGAGGAGAAAAAACUCCAGUGGCCUGUUUGUGAGGAGACACCCCAUAAUAACCAUGUAUCUGGAAGAAUCGAACAGGUGACGUCUCCUCCUGCUGCUCUUUACUCCUGAGACGCUCAUGGAAACCCUGUGCAGGAGGAGCAGGAGUUGGAGGAGGACGCAGGCGGGGAGCUGGCUGGGAAACUCGCUCCUGCUUUGUUUAUUCACCGGUGGUUCUGAGGCUCAGUGUGAAGGCUGCAUGGAGUACUGCUGCGAUGGGUCGCCGCCUUUCUGCUGCUCCUACUACGCCUACGUCGGGGACGUCCUCUCGGGCACAGCCAUCUCCGGUAUAGUGUUUGGAGUGGUGUUCCUGAUGGGGGCUGUGGCCGCCCUGUUCCUAUGCGUGUGCAUGUGUAUGAAGAACGGGCGCGGCGCACGGGUCGGCGUGUUCAGUGCGUCAUACAUGAACACUGUGACGCAGGGUUACCCAGGUCCUCCGCCUCCGUACACCUACGACUACGAGAUGUUCCCUCCCUCCCUGCAUCCCCCGCCCUACACGCCGACUCAGCCCCAGCCGGCCAACUGCUCCCCUCCUCCUCCGUACCCCGGCUGCACCCGCAAGUGAAUUCCUGCUGCUCAGAUUGGUGUGGACUGGUUUAGAGGGGGUUGUUGCACAUAAGGCCCGUGAAACUACAGACAAUUCCGGCGUUUUAUGACACAUUAAAGUGAUAGUUUAGGGUUUAGGUUCAUGUCUCCAGUGCCUGGUAGCCAUCCUGGAACUCUCUCCCUCUGCCUCCGUCUCACUGAAAAUGUGUCCACCAGCAGAGACACGAGGGGAAAAACAGAUUUUAGCUCACCUAAUAAAAUCUGCACCUGCUUAAGCCGUUUUAUCGACUUUUCCUGCUGGAAACAAAGUUUGUAAACUGCUCACUCUCCCACACCAAAGUCCAUAGAGAAAACCAGCGUUUUUAGCUCAUGGAGAUACAGCAGCUGCUGGUCGACUGCUGCCUCGUGUGGUCAGUUUGUGUCACUGAAAUCAAUAAAUCAAAUAACACAUUUGAACUUACGGAUGGAGGCAGCAGUGGAUCGACAACUCCUGUGCGCUGUGAUGUAAAAAUCAGGCGUUUUCUCUAUGGGGUUUGGUGCAGGGAGUGAGUGGUUUACAGAGUGACACAAACAUCAGUUUCCAGUCAGAGAAGGCUGCAGAAACAGAAAGAAAAAGCCAUAAACACACUCUUAAUGACAGUUUAAGUCUAAAUUAUCUUAUUUUUAUCAAGUGUGCCCUUUGAUGAAUGCAUGCAAUCUGUUUUUUGUGUGAAUUUCACACAACCAUGCUUCGAAAAACCUUAAGAGGCCCUGUGCAAUUAUGUGGAGCGGGAUUCUGGAGUAGUUGAUGAGGUAUUGAACAAUAAUUUAAGAAGCUGGGGGUCAGAAUUUUCUCAUCCUGCUGCUGUGAUGGAGGUAAAGACCACUUCAGGAUUACGACGGACAUUCAAGGAGAUGAUGCUCACUUGAUCUAUGCCUAUGUGUGGGAUUGGAAGUUAAGAAUUCUACUAAUCCUGAUCCUGACGAUGUGGACGACUUGAAAAAAAAAGACUGUGUUAUUGUCGCCGUACUUGAAACUGAACUGGGGACAGAUUUUUUUUGCUGAGACAUGGACACUCACUCACACUGAAAACAUCGCUCCCAGCAGAGACACAACAGAAAAACAGGUUUUAGCCACUUAACAAAAGGCUCAUCAGAUAAAAUGUAACUUUAUCUCACCGUUACACAGCAUUUUCCCUCCUAAAACUGAAUUUGAUGUCUUUUUUUUAGACCUCUUGCUUCUCACACCAAACUCCAUAGAGAAAAUCAGCGAUUUGACAUCACAGCACACAGGAGAUGUUGAUCCACUGCUGCCUUUAUCAUUAAGUUCAAGAAAAUGACUUAAUAAAAUUCUGUGUUUGAAUGGCUUUGUUUGAAUUAACCUCAGGGACACAAACUUAGCAAAAGAGGCAGCAGCAGAUGAGCAGUGUCCUGUGUCAGUGAGGUUAAAAUGCUGAUUUGCAAAUGAGUUUUUACAACUCAUUUGCAGAUGGAACUGAAACCUUUACAGGACUAUGGAAAAAUCGUGAAGUGUUAGUCAUGUGAAAGUGUUUUAAGGGACAGUUCAGGUUUGUUUUUGUUUUUUUUUUGCCUGAGGUACUGUUGUGAAGAACCAGCCUGAGACAUGGACACUCACUCACACUGAAAACAUCGCUCCCAGCGGGGACACAACAAAAAAACAGGUUUUAACCACUUAACAAAAGGCUCACCAAAUAAAAUGUAACUUUAUCUCACUGUGACACAGCAUUUUUUUUCCUCCUAAAACUGAAGUUUGUGUUGUUUUGUAAACCUCUUACGCUCCCACACCAAAGCCCAUAAAGAAAAUCAGCGAUUUGACAUCACAGCACACAGGAGUUGUUAAACCGUUGUUGCCUCCGUCAAUAAAUUCAAAUGUGUAUUUUUGCGA